ACUUCAUAAUGGACUUUUAAUAAUUACUUUUGGAAUAUUCUAAGGCUGCAUAUCUGCUCAGGAAUACCAAUAAAAUUUGAUAUAAAAAAUGGGUCUGUAUAAAGAGAGUGUUUUCUGCAUGUUACACUACAAUUGCUUAGCCAAAGAGAGAAUUCAAAGCCAAAAGUAGAGAGAGCAAGAGAGAAAAAACCAAUAUUAAAUGACAUCAAAGUCAAACAACAUAAGCAGGUCUACUUGGUAGAGAUUCUUUCUAUGCUUGUGUUGUUACAAGCUUAUCUAAUCAUGGGUUCUUCACAAAUUUGAAGGCACUAUUUGUCUUACUUUAGCAACUUUUUUUCUUUCUUUCUAGAUUCCAGUUCUGCAUUGUAAUUUAAAUGAGCUAGUUUGUUAAUUUCUUGCUGAAGUCUGUGUUGUGUGAUUUGAUUGGUUCAGCCCAUUCAAAUAAAAAUGUGGUGAGAAACAUACAAGAUUGCUUAGCAACUCUGGGAAUCAAGAUUGAUUAAGAUAUUCAAAAUUUUCAGCUGUGAAAGCUCUUGUAGUAUAAUUCAACUUUCUGUUAUGGCGUUAUAUUCAGCCAACCUGACAGAACAUGAAAUUAAAAAAAUGAGAAUAAACAAGGUAUAUGUUUGUGUGGUUAGAUUAAGAGCUAAUUAUCUGAUUAGAGAUCAAGUACACUUUGAUUAUAGAUUCUUAUUAACUUAACUGUGUUUAUAUCAUGCAAUUUGUAUAAACAGGAACUAAUUCCUGUGAAUAAAAGAACCAAGGACUCCACAUGCCUAUCUCUUGGCUUAAAUUGUCUGUGAAUGCUCAAUACAGCAUGUGCAAGACACGUGCCAUCCUACAUUUAAAAAGAAAUUAUUUCUUUCAUUUUUAUUUUAAUUGCCUUUAGAAAUUUAUUCUUGGUAUCAAUUUCUUUUUUUCUUCAUACACCGUGAAUCAUUGAAAAUUUAAAAUAACAAAUUAAUUGAUGUCUUGAGGUAAAAAGCUGUGUAAUGUGAGGUGAGAGACUUCUCAUGUCUUUGAGAGUGUAUUGUUGAUACUAAAGUGGAUUUGACUAGGGUCUAAAACCCUGCCUUGGAUGUAGGAUCACACUGAUUCGAACCAAGUAAUCUUCUGUUCUUUAUUUGGCUGUUUUUGUUGCAAUCUUUGAUUUGUUCUUGCUUGUUUUUGCUACUGUUUUUUUUUUCAAGUCUGAAAUGUUGUGUGCUCUUUGCUGCAGGGUUGGCUUUCUACACUGUUCAUAAAAAAAAUUAGGUUCAAAUGAAUGAAGAGUUCUUGGGAGUGGAAUUUAAACCAUUCACUUUCAGCUAUAGUGAACUAAAUGCGGCUACCAAUGAUUUCAAUUCUUCUAUUAAUUUGGGAGAGGAAGAAUUUGGACCUGUCUACAUGGGAACACUUGAAGAUGGAAGAGUUGUUGCUAUGAAGCAACUCUCUGUGACUUCUCAUCAAGGAAACAGCCAGUUUGUUACUAUAUCUGCUGUGCAACAUCGUAACCUGGUCAAAUUGUAUGGAUGUUGUAUUGAGGGAGACAAAAAGACUUAUUGUUUACAAGCACCUAGAAAAAAGGGGUCUUGAUCAAGUAUUAUUUGGUACAUGAAUAACAAUGUUGUUGUUCGUAUAAUCACAAAUAAAUUUAAAAAUAUUUGUGGCUGUCAUGUAUCAGGGAAGCAUAGGUAGAAGCUGGAUUGGUCAAUACGUUUCGACAUUUGCAUGGGGUACCAAGAGGUCUGGCUUAUCUUCACAAGGAGUCGUGGCUUAGAAUGGUACACAGAGAUGUCAAGUCCAGCAACAUUCUGCAUGGCCAUAAUCUCAUCCCCAAAAUAUCAGAUUUUGGUUUGCCUAAACUUUAUGAUAUCAUAAACUGACUCAUAAAAGUUAAAUCUUUAUGAGAACUUAGUCUUUGAGAGGCAAAAAGUGUGAUGCAUUUUGUAGAAUGGGAUUUCUCAUGUGAAGUAAUGGUUUCCAAUCCAUGUCAAAAAUAAGAUACACAAACAAAGCACUGCAGAAUAUUUGUUAUUGAA